CACAUCCCACUUUACAACCGUACAACUCUAACGCAAGCCCUCAUUGACGCUUUGAAACCUUUCGGCAAUAUCCUUGAGCUUGGCAUUUAUCUUGAACAACACUACUUCACCGGCAAAGGCUUUGUAUAUCUCAACACUAACCCCAAGAACUACACCCUGUCAAAAACUUUUCAUAUACAACCUCAGCAAUUAUCUCAUUCAAUCCCAGUCUCCCGAAAAGAUGGAACCUAUCCCACUCGCGUGCAUGCCACGUGGUCGAAAAUGCCACUGCAUUGCCGUUAUUGCCAUGAACCUGGACACACACGUCUACAAUGCCCUUAUCGACCAAAACCACGUUGUUAUUAUUGUCAAGAAACAGGACAUUUACGUAAAGACUGCCAUAUUCGCAAUGGUGUUAAAUCUGCUCCCGCUCCCAUUGACUCGCAAGCGCCUACUACAAUCGCUGCCGUUACUCCGACUUCCCGCAACUCCAACUCAAGUCCAUCUAAACGUAAACGAUCGCCGACAUCACCACCCCAACAAUCCUCGUUCAAUUUCACUCCACCUGCCAAACUCACUACUGAUAACCCUCUGCCCAAUGAUAAACCGCAUGAUCCAAUUACAGACCUCAAUACUACCCCUCCUUCCCUUGAGAGUAAACCCACCAGCAUCAAUACGACUCCUCCUCCCCUAGAUAGCAAACCCACCAGCAUGGACACAUCACCACCAUCAUCAUCCAGUGACCCUCCCAUUGAUGCUAUGGAAACCUAG